UUUUUUCAUUCUACCACGCAACGUGGUGCAGCGUGCCACGAGUUGCCUGCCGUGCAGGGGGAUCAUGUCCCUGUCCAACCCCUUAUCCCAUGGGUUCUUGAAGGACCUUGGCAUACUCUCGGAGUUGAAACAACGAGGACUGAUUCUUGACCGUCACUUCGAGACGAUAAAGGCACAUGUGAAGGCGGGCAACUCCCUUGCGAAGGAGCGAUGGGACGCAAUCGAGAACGCAUGGGGGCUGAAGCAGACGGGUGUCUUCAACGAAGAAGAGUGGAUCACGCAGAUUGAUGGAGAGGCCCAGGGUAUUA